AUGGAGGACGGGGAGGCGGAGGAGGCGCAGCGGGACGCGAUCACGGCGAGGAUGCGGGCCCAGGACUACGCGGGCGCGAGGGCGCUGCUGCUGCGGACGCUGCAGACGAACCCCAGGCUGGAGGGCGCCCUGGAGAUGCUCCUGGUGCUCGAGGUCCUCUGCUGUGCCGCCGGCAGCGCGGCCGGCGGCCGUGGGGGUGUGGACUGGUACAGGGUCCUCCAGGUGCUGCCCGGAGAUGAUGGCACCAGGAUCGAGGCGCGCUACAAGAGCAUCGUGGCCCAGGUGGAGCCGGCCAUGGGGGCUCUGCCCGGCGUCGAAUUGGCCCUCAAGCUCGUUGAUGAGGCAUACGUGGUGCUGUCUGAUCCGGAGAAGCGAGAGGGGUUCAAUUCGAGGAACGUGUUCAAUCGGUUCGUUCGGUCUGGUGUUGUUGAUGCGCCACCGCCCGGUGGUACAGUCGUCCGUUCUGACAGGGUGAACAGUCUUCAUACAAAGGAGAUUAGGGGCGCAGAUGAGCGAGCAAUGCAGCCUCGCAUGUCAACCACGCUGCUGACAGGCCAUGUUUUGAUGGAAGGGACCCCCUUCUUUCAAAUGUGGCAAGUUCUUCCGGGACUAAGAGGAUGGAUCCUUGCUUUCAUGGUGAUGACGGCGAGUUGCAGUCACCUGACGGCACUCAUGUUGACAAGAGGCAAAAGGGUGUCUGUGAAAAGGAUGUUAAUUGCAUGUCGCCCUCACAGGAAGAUUGGGAUGCCUGCUUUGAUGAUCCAUCACCUGCCAUGGAAGAAGAUUUGGAUGCCUGCUUUGAUGAUCCAUCUGGUGCCAAAGAAGAUGAGCUCUGCACUAGCAAGCAGUAUGAAUACCAUAACUUCAAGGAAGAUAGGGCGAUCAAGAAUUUUGCUGCUGGCCAAGUUUGGGCAGCAUUAUGACUGGGAGAAGUUUCCUCGUAGAUAUGCACUGAUUGUUAAAGUACCGACGGAUAAGAUGCAGUUAUAUGUCUCAUGGUUCAAGCCCUGUCCGCAAACUCCUGAAGAUAAGAAAUGGUGCCAUGCUGGCUUGCCAUUGGUUUGUGGAACUUUCAUUGCAGAAGAACACCAUAUCUCAUUAACAUGUUCAACUAUGUUCUGUCACCAAAUUUUCAGCAACAACCUGAAUCAACAUCUUGAAGUUUAUCCCCAGGAAGGUGAGGUAUGGGCCAUUUAUAGUAAUUGGGGUAUUGGGUGGUACACUGAUCCUAGGAUGUGGAAGAAUAGUGCCUUCUCUAUUGUUGAAAUUCUUACCAGUUAUUCUAGUGAAUCAGGAUGCACUGUUGCACAUUUGGUAAAGGUAGAUGGGAAUGGAAGUGUUUUCCAGAGGCACUUCAAGAGUGGAACAGAGCACUUGUUACGCAUACACAGGGACAAUCUGAUCAUGUUCUCUCACAGGAUCCUUCUUUCAGAUUUACUCCUGAGGCCGGAACUAUGUUUGAGCUUGAACAUUCCAUGGUUCCAGAAAAUAUUCACCAAGAAAAUACAUCAACGUGUAUUUCUCAUUUUCUGA